CCGAGUUUGUCGAUUCAUCGUACUUCGUACAAAAAAACCAUUUUUCUAUCAAAGAAGUGCGCUUUUGUUGAUUUUUUCUUGAACAAAUUCUCUAAAAACUAAAGCGUUUUAUUCAACGCAAAAUACUAAACCAUCAUGACUGCCGGAAAUAAGAUGGAUGUAGACAGCAUCAAAGGCGAGGGAUUUCGUUCAUAUUACAUCCAAAAGAUCGAAGAACUUCAACUUGUCGUUGCUGAAAAAUCACAAAAUCUUCGUCGUUUACAAGCUCAGCGAAAUGAAUUAAAUGCAAAAGUUCGUAUGCUCCGUGAGGAAUUGCAACUCCUCCAGGAACAAGGUAGCUAUGUCGGUGAGGUUGUCAAACCCAUGGACAAAAAGAAAGUCCUUGUUAAAGUUCAUCCCGAAGGCAAAUUUGUCGUUGACAUUGAUAAGAACAUUGACAUCAAUGACGUCACGCCAAAUUGUCGUGUAGCCCUCCGCAACGAAAGCUACACUUUGCACAAGAUUCUCCCAAACAAAGUCGAUCCUUUGGUGUCGCUUAUGAUGGUUGAGAAGGUGCCAGACUCCACCUACGAAAUGGUUGGAGGUUUGGACAAACAAAUUAAAGAAAUUAAAGAAGUUAUUGAAUUGCCCGUGAAGCAUCCAGAGCUUUUUGAUGCUCUUGGUAUUGCUCAGCCGAAAGGAGUGUUGUUGUAUGGACCUCCUGGAACUGGCAAGACUUUGCUAGCUCGUGCUGUAGCUCAUCACACUGAAUGUACUUUCAUUCGUGUUUCUGGUUCUGAGUUGGUACAGAAAUUUAUUGGCGAGGGUUCAAGAAUGGUGCGAGAACUCUUCGUCAUGGCUAGGGAACAUGCUCCUUCUAUUAUUUUCAUGGAUGAAAUUGAUUCAAUUGGUUCAUCUCGUAUUGAAUCAGGUUCGGGUGGUGACUCGGAAGUCCAAAGAACCAUGUUGGAGUUACUCAAUCAGUUGGAUGGUUUUGAAGCCACCAAGAACAUCAAAGUUAUUAUGGCUACCAACCGAAUUGAUAUUCUUGACCCUGCUCUACUCCGACCUGGACGUAUUGAUCGUAAGAUUGAAUUCCCUCCACCAAAUGAGGAAGCUCGUUUGGAUAUUUUGAAGAUUCAUUCCCGCAAAAUGAAUUUGACACGAGGAAUUAAUUUGAGGAAGAUUGCUGAAUUGAUGCCAGGAGCAUCGGGAGCCGAAGUUAAGGGGGUGUGUACAGAGGCGGGUAUGUAUGCGUUGCGAGAACGUCGUGUUCAUGUUACACAGGAGGACUUUGAGAUGGCAGUGGCCAAGGUUAUGCAAAAGGAUUCCGAGAAGAAUAUGUCGAUUAAGAAAUUGUGGAAGUAAGAUCCCACACAAGACGUUUUUAUAUAUAACAAUAAUUAAAUAUUUUGAAAUUCAGUUUUUUUUUUUUUAAUCUUCUCGAGGAAGUUAAUAAAAUCUCUAAAAAUAAAAUGAA